AUGGAAUCAAAUGGAACGCGCAAAGGGCCGCUGCCUGGAGAUCGCUCGGAGGGCGCGUCUGGAGCUGGCGCUAGACGCGACAGCAUGCGAACCGCCAGCCGAGCGCGAGGUGCUGCACGACCACCCAGCAGAUCCUCGCAUCCAUCAUUCCCACCAGCUGGCUUGGUGUCGGCAGGGUCUUCGCGGGCUCAGCAAUCGGCACCCGCCACUGGUGGAGUACGCCGCAUGCGUUGGACAACCCAGAUGAACAGCAACGCAUUGCGGGCGUAUUUUAGGGCGAAAGGGGGAGAAACUGGAGGUUUUGCGUAUCGGGCAAGGAUGCAUCGACUUUUUGCUGAGCUGGAGCCAUCUGUAACCGUCACCGAGCAAAACCUGGCAGACCGAGUUCGGUAUAUCUUGCGCUCAAAUACAUUUGAUGUCACCGAACUCGAACGGCUACGACGUGAGGCUGUUCCUUCAUCGGGUGAAAAUGCUGCGGCUGAGGAUGCGGCGCCACAACUUGCUGAGCAAACGGCAAAUGUGGAUGCCGCCGUGAAUACGCCAGUCGUGGUUGAUUCAAACGAUGAUGGAACAGUCGCCCAGGAACUGGAACUAGAGCAAAUGAGGAGUACAUUGGAAGAGGCGAUUGUGGAAACGCGCAGUACGACUCUCGAAAAUCGACCGCGACUUCCCCGCUUAGCCCUAAGCAAGCGGAAUCGGGCUGUCGUGAGGGCUCUGAACCCAAUGCUGGUUACCUAUUUGGAAGCCAGCCGGGACCUUUGCGAUACGGACUCAAUUCUUUUUGGCGCCGCACUGGCAGUCUGCCGUAUUAUAGGUGCCAAACUUUCCACGGCUGGACGCACUACUGGACAAAGUAGUGCUAUCCCAGCCUGGAAAAUAAGAAUUGAAGAACGUAUCGCAAAGGCUAGGGCCCUCAUCGGCAGACUGAUAUGCUUCAGGUCAGGCAAUACCAGGCCAAGGAUUGUGCGCACCGUCAGGAUGGCGUUUGCUGGGACAAAUGUUAGUUUGUCCCAGCCGGAUAUAAUGCAAAAACUGACGGAGCGCAUAGACGACCUGAAGCAAAGAAUAGCUGCUUGGGGAAAGCGGAUUCGGCGAUAUACCGAGAGGUCGACACGGUUCAACCAGAAUCGUCUCUUCCAGAGUGAUCAGAAGAGGCUCAAUAAAUCAUUGGAGCGACCAAUAGUAAGUGGAACGGGCCCUGCACCAAAUCAGGCCGACAUGGUCGCAUUCUGGCGCAGCCUGUGGUCAGAGCCCGUAAACCACAACGAGGGCCCUUGGACGGAAGUUGUGGCGAGUCAGUGUGCGAGUAUUACGCCCAUGGACCCCGUCAUCAUAACGCCGGAUGACGUAGCUGAGGCGGUCCGUAGGGCCCCGAACUGGAAAAGUCCGGGGCUUGACGGGCUGCAUCACUACUGGCUGAAGGGGUUCAUGGUGAACAUCUUUUUAUUGAGGUGA